GUAUGCAACAAGUUGUUCACUUUAGUGAUGUACUGCCCUUAACGACAGGCCUCACAGCCAUUAUACUUCUGAAAAGUCGAUAUUCUCGAUUCUCUGUUAUGGGAGAUUGGCGUUGGAUUAAGAGGGUCUGUAUCCCGGUAUUUCGCGGACCGGAAAUUGUUUAGAAUUCGAGGUGAACGCUGCCGGGAGAUGCUGUCGUCGCAAGAGAAAACAAGCGAAGAACCAGAAACAUAAAAUCAUAGAGACGAGGCCUAUCAUUAAGGUUGUGUGAGCAUGGAUGCUGACGACUGCAAUGGCCGAUCCUACAUGUCAGGCAGUGGAGAUUCUUCAAUGGAGAGGGAGUUCUCAGGGGCCCUUGGAGGUCCAACAGUAAGCACCCCAAACAGCCAGCACACCUCCCCUGCCCGCUCUCUAAGUGCUAACUCCAUCAAGGUCGAGCUUUACAGUGAUGAGGAGGGGGUUCGUGGUGCUGGUCUAGUGGACGAGAGGGGAGAUCGGGCAGAGGAGGGAGCUUCUGAGCAGGGAGGAGAAACAGGAGGAGGCGGAGGAGGCUACAGGGAUCAUGCCAGUCCAGAGCUAAUGCCAGCCGGUGCCAUCAGGCUGCCUAACGGGAAGCUCAAGUGUGACAUCUGUGGAAUGAUCUGCAUCGGCCCCAACGUCCUCAUGGUGCAUAAGCGCAGCCACACAGGUGAGAGACCAUUCCAGUGUAAUCAGUGUGGUGCCUCCUUCACUCAGAAGGGCAACCUGCUGCGUCACAUUAAGCUGCACUCAGGGGAGAAGCCCUUUAAAUGCCCCUUUUGCACCUACGCCUGUCGCAGAAGAGAUGCUCUAACUGGCCACCUCCGCACCCACUCGGUGUCCUCCCCUACUGUGGGUAAGCCCUAUAAGUGUAGUUACUGUGGUCGCAGCUACAAGCAGCAGAGCACCCUGGAGGAGCACCGUGAACGCUGUCACAGCUACCUCCAGAGCCUGGAGACUACGCAGCCACCCAAUGCUCACAACCAAGGAGAGGAAUUAAGGGACCUAGAUUUUAUGCCCGACUCUUUGAUGCAGCCAUCCUCAGACAAGAUGGCGUUCAUUGACCGGUUGACCAACAGCAUCACCAAGCGCAAGAGAUCCACACCACAGAAAUUUGUAGGACAGAAGCACACACGUCUCACACUAGCAGACACACCUUACGAGCAGAGCGCUGCUUUUGACAAAGAUGGGGAGACGCACCAUGGGGGUCUGGAGCAGCCACAUUUCACCGGCCUAGGAGGAGCGUUCCUGGGAUUGCCAGGGGGAGGGGGAGGAGGAGGAGGAGGGGGGUCAGACACAUUGCGACCCCUGCGGCUGUCGGAGCUCCGGCCAGUCAUUAGCUCAGCUCACACCCCCAUGGCUCCUCUAGGGCCCAGGCUGGACUGCACAGGGGCUGGGGCGGGGCUUGGAUCGACAGGUGUUGGGGGCAGGGAGGCGGCUGAGGGCCACGAAGACCUGCCCCCAGGCCGGAGUCACGCCCCAUCGCCUAGCAAUGGUUGCCAGGACUCAACGGACACAGAGAGCAUGCCGGAUGAGGUGUACAGCAGCACAGCGCCGGCCCUGCCCCUCCACAACAACAACAACCAUCACAACCUCCACCACCUCCACUCCAACCACCACCCUCCACCUCCUCCUCUGUUGCACCACAGGGGCAGGGACAAACACAGCCCCAGCCACGCCAAAGACAAGGAUGUGGAAAGGGAAGAGGGGGGCCACCCAGCUGCCCCUGCUCCUCCUGCCCUCCCCCAAGCCCCAGGAUCGCCCAUGGCACCUUCCUCCACCUCCAGGGAAGCAUUCCGGGUGGUGGAUGGGGAGGGACGAGCUGUGCGCUCCUUCCGCUGUGAACACUGCCGGGUGCUUUUCCUGGACCACGUCAUGUUCACCAUCCACAUGGGCUGCCAUGGCUUCCGCCAGCCCUUCGAGUGUAAUAUCUGCGGCCACCGUAGCCAGGACCGCUACGAGUUCUCCUCACACAUUGUACGUGGUGAGCACCUUCUGGGCUGAGGACCGAGGAGGGCUCCUGGAUGAACGGCUGCUUUACCUAGGGCUGUUUUUACUCAGACAAAGGACCUGGUUGGGUUUGGUCUGCACCGUACAAUCAUGAAAGUUAAAUUUAUGAUAUAGAAAUAUGAAACUACUUUUUAAAGUGAAUUUUACAUGGGCUUUGUCACUGUUAUUAUGGAAACUUUGACCCCCAAAUAGGAUAGUUAUUCAAUAAUUGCAUCAUUCUGGAAAGGAGGCUCACCACUUUGCACUUUUCGCUAUGGAUAAAUUCUUAAAAGAAAAGAUAAGCACUUUCGAAUUGAUUUUAUUAGUCAGUAGAUGAAGAGUCAAUGCACUUUUUUAUCCUCAGAAGUGCCUUGCUCUGGUGUGGUCUACCUUCUCUCUUAUCCAGGGUCAAACCUGGUGCACAAAACAGUGAUACUCCUCAAAUGUGAUUUAUAUCUGUGACUUUUUGAAUUUAUUUUCUUAUGCACUUUAACUAGCUAAUGCAAAAAAACAAGAGUGUGCAUUUUGAUAAGCUUGUGGCUUGUAAUGCAGUUAAGAUAAAUCUGUAGUCUUAUUCAGCAAGCUACUUUUCUGGAAUUUUUUGGUUUAACUAAUACCCAUUUGAGAAGCACUUGUUCACAGAUCUUGUAAAUUCCCAAACACACAUUGAGCCCCUAAUGAGUAGCACUGUUGUGUAGAUUAUGCACAUUAGAUUGUUUAUUUCAAUGAUAGUUGUGGUGCAGACCAGACUCAGGAGACCAGGUCUAAGUCAAAUGAUUAGAAGGAUUUGAGUAAUUUGUCUCAAAUGAGGAGUGCACUUUUCAAGUUUGUUUGUUUGUGUGUGUGUGGUCUUUUGGACGUCAAGUAAGUUAAAUGAGUGUGAGUUGAAGGGUUUUAGGAGUGUGAAUGUGAGAAGGGAUGGGUUACUGUAUGUUUUUUGUUUCCUCUGAUUGCUUUUGUUGCACUGAUACCUGCCGAGAUAUGAUGAUUAUAUUAAACUAUUUUAUAGAAAAACGAAUUUAUGACCUGCACAUUUCUCUGUGCAGUUUGUAAAAAUACUCAUUCCUCAAAAGAAGAGUUCCACUGCCACUAUGUUGGACUAAUGUGAGACACAAGGGGGAAUACAAUUUUUCCAUUCAUGAUUUCCCUCAGCUUUGCUUGAUAUGAGAUAAACCAAAAUUAUACCCUGUUAUUUACAAGUGAGAUCUGAAACCAGUUUAGAUGUUUUUCAUUGUAUUGUGCCUUUCAUGACACUGACCUCACUUAAGGGGCAUGCAGCACUAAGAGCCAGCACAUCUUUAUGGUUCAAUAGUUUUAUAGCUGGUCAUUUUGAAGAUGUAGAAUUUAUAAUAGAUUGUCCCAGACCACGGUACAUAGGACCCAUGGUAUUCCUGAUGCCCGAUAUUAUCCCAAGGUUUGAUUUAUACCAUUUUAAAGACCAUUUAAAUUGAAUAUAAACUUUGAAAAGGUGACAGGUUGGGAAAGAAGCACUUUUAGGCAUAUAUCAAAGAGUUUUAGGUGCAUACGAUCGCCACCUGCUGCUAUGAUGUGUAUGAGUGAAGUGGUUAUGUGGCCACAGUCCUUGGUGGUUGACAAGUUAUGUACUUACAGAAUUGACUUGGAAAUGUUUGAGAUUUUUUUUCUUUUUCAAUUCUCUGUAUUUGUUUUCCAGUUACAGCACUGACAUUCACAAAAAUCUUAUUUCAAUGAUCUAGCAUCAUGGUAAACAGUAUUUUCUACAGCACCACUAUGAUCAAAUGAACUAAGGAUUAUUUUCAUGUAAAUAGAAUCAUAAGAGACAGUAGGUCAAGAAGGUCUGCUUUAGACUUGGUUUGUCCUUCUGCCUGGUCAUAUAACAAAUGAAGUGGGUUGUUUGUCUGAGUUAGGCUAUAAAGCUACAACAGAUAAGCCAAGUCAAUGGAGCAUUUCUCAAGAUUUCCAAAUGUGAUGACAAAAUGUUUUACCUCAAAUGACAAUUGCCUCUUUUUAGGUGGGUGUGGGGAAUAUUGAACAUGUGAUGUUUGUUUUUGUUUCCUGAGGUCCUGAAGUGCAGUAAUGUAUCCUAACUAAAUAUGAUUUAUUUAUUAGGUAAUUUUGCCACCAGAAAAUUACGUUUUGUGGAAAUGGGCUGCAAAACUAAUUUUAUCCUCAAUAUCAUAAUAUUGACCACAAAACAAUCACAACAUUUAUGUUCUCCAUCACAAUAUCAAGGCAUAGUUGCACUCAAUUGGUUGCAUUAACCUCAAUAUCUGUAAUGCUGUUCUUAACAUUAUGCCUUAUCAAUGGACACAUAAUGACUGUUCAGCAAUGGGGAGCAUGGACAGGUCAAACUGAAUGGGAAAGAGGAAAAAAAAACAGAAUCACAAAUUGAACAAUUGCAUCAUCGUGUUUGUCAAAUCCAGCAACAAAUUGUGAUUGUAAAAUAUUUCCCUUACCAUAAUGUAUAAUUUACUUGGCAUUUGCAUGACAAUGUGAUGGUUGUAAUAGAAGCUUGUGAUGUUCCCCAACUCAUGUGCAUAUACAUCAAGAGCUAUUUACAUCUGAGGAAAAUGAUGCUU